AUGAGUUAAACUCCUGAAACUAUGAAACUGCUAAAUGAAGUUUUGAUCUUUGAUGAAUAGUGGCAAGAGAGUAUUAAGACCUUCUCUAUUUCUCUUUAUCUCUCAGAUAUAGUCAGCACUAUCAAUAUCAAUGACAGGUCAAACACUCAAAAUGUCUCCCUUAUUAUCGAUGAGCUUAGAGGUAUAAAUCUAAUUAACUUUGACGAACCUUACUUCAUCUCCUUAAUAAUGUCUGCUCAGAAUAUUGAACUGUAUCAAUAAACUAAGGAUAGUAUAUACCAUGUGCUCUUUUGCUCUCUUGACAUUAUGAGAUAUUUCAAAAGUGUUUUGCACUUUUACCACGAUGCAAUAUAAAGAUACUUUCAAAACAGCAACCACAAUCAAAAGAAUAAGUACCCAGCUAGUGGUGGACCUGAUGGAGACAAAAUGAAGUCAGAUAUGAAGCCAAUCAAUUUAGACAAGAAAGUAGACUAUAAUAGCACUUAAAAAGGAAGUAUAACGGAUCAGACAGGAAACACAAAUAACGAUGUGAUUUUAUAGAAGUAUUGGAAAAAUGUUAUUAGAAAGAUCCUUUAUCAGUACAUGUAUUUGAUAACACCACCAAAUGGGCUGUUUUCUCAAUACCUAUAAUACAAUGCUAUAAACUAUGUAAACCAAAAUUCUUCAAAUAACUACUACUCCAAGUUAAGUCUUUCUCCAUCCAAAAGAAAUGACACUUUAAAUUAAGAAUACUCUUAUAGAAGUGGCAAUCCUCCUCUAAACUUCAAACUAACAAAGUCAAUAAUUAAUUUCACUAAGUUAAUGUUCAACAUUCCAGAUAAAUUUACUAAGUAUGUGUUCAUUGAAGAGCUGAUGCUGUUUUACAUCAGGACUCAUUACAUAUCAUUUGUGAGACUUUAUAACAAAAACUUCUCAAAGAAGGAUCAGAUCCUGACUUAAACAAAGGAUAUAUCACUUACUCUUUGUAAAAAGCACUUGGAAUGUUUGUUUGGAAUUGCUAAAAAUAGAAAUGAAGAUACUAGAAGAAAGCUUUAUCAAUUCAAGGUAGUUUAAUUCCUUACCUAGGAAAUAGAACUAGAGUUUGAUGUUUAGUAACGAAGAAAGAGAUUUAUCCAAUUGAGCAAAGAAGAAGAAGAUAAGAUUAAAUAAGACUAAGCAAAAGACUAGGUAAUCAACUUGAAGUAAGAAGAAUAGAAAGCUCAAAAAUAACUGCAAAAUCCUCCAAUUAUUGAAUAAGCAUAAAGCCAGACAAAUAAGCCUUAAAAUAUGCUUGGAAUGCUUGGGCUUAAAAAACUUAAUUUAACUGGUGUUGCUGGUGCCUCUUUAUUCUCUGGAGCAGGUGAUCCAAACGAAGCUUAAGCACAAGACAUUUCCAUUAUAACUAUAGAGUAAAAUAAUCAGGCAACGUAAAUUGAUAAAUAAUUCCAAUAAAUAAAAGAUGGAAAUCCACCUUUAAAACAGAAUCUUGAACUUAACAAGCAGGAUUAGAUUGAAUCAAAAGUUAAUAACUCAAAAGAAGAUGACAAGGUAUAAGUAAUAUAAUAAGAAAUAUUUCCACCUCCUUAGAAGAAAGGUCUCCCACCUGGUUUGAAAAAGUUAAAUAUAACUGGACUUGGCCUAUCAGACUUAGUAUAAGAUAAUAAUGAUGUAAAGCCCGCUAAUAUUGAAAAACCUGCUAAUUAAGUUGAGGAAAUUAAAUAGGAAAUAAUAUAAGAAGCCCCUAAUUAGUAAUUACCUAAGAAAUUGCCUUUUGGAAUGCCUGCUCUAAAAAUUGCAGGACUGGGUUUAUCAGAUCUGGUACCAGAUAAGCCAGAAGAAAAGAAGCAACCUGAACCAGAGAAAAUAUAAAAGCAAGAAACUACUUUGAAGUAAGAGAACUAAAAUGAAGAUAAAGUAGUUGAAGAAAUAAAGUAAAUCUAGCCUCAGAACUAAAUAAAAAAACCGAUGGGAUUAGGCUUUAAGAUUCCUGCUUUAAAUGUUGCUGGUCUUGGAUUAUCUGAUUUGGUUAAGGAUGAUAAGCAAGAAGAAAUCAAAGUCCAAUUAAAAAUUGAGGAAAUCAAAAAAUCUCCUAAAAUCUAAGAAAAAUAGCAACUUUAGUAGUAACAAUAACCUCCUAAAAAGCUAGGAAUUCCUAAACUCAAGAUUGAUGGCUUAGGACUGUCAGAUUUAGUUUAAGAUAAAGAAGAAUAAAAAAAUAUGCCACCUUCUAUUUAGAUUAAGAUAUAAGAUGAGUAAAUGAAGACAAUAAAUCCAGAUUAAAACAAUCAUUAAACAAUCGACUAUGGAACAAUGGGUAAAGAGGAACUAUUUAAGAAGUAAGAUGGAAAUUUAUUUGAUAAAACAGCGCCACUUAAACUUUUCGAUGCUGAUGAAUACAACAAUAUGAACAGCCAAAAAUCAGUAGAACAAUAAAAGAAUAGGCAAGGAAAAAGACUCAGUGAUCCUUAGCUUAUGAUGGAAUCUCAGGAAUCAGCUUAGUUUUUAAACUAAGUAAAGCUCAAUCACGGUGGAAUGAUUAUAAAUAUUCCUGAGGAGAAACUAGAUGAUAAAAGAAAAUAAUUACUAAAUAAAAAUAGAGUAAAUUUGAUCCCUCCUAGAUAAAGAAAUUCAAUAAGUUAGUCUAUCAGGUCAAAUAACGAAUAUGAGGAUUCCAAUAUCUCAUUCUUUGACAAAAGAUCCCCACCCAAAGACUAAAUUCUUAGUGAGUAGUUUAAUCUACUAAAUCAAAACACCCUUAACCUUCAAGGAAUGAAGGUUGAAAGUGUAAUGGACAAUUUAAGCCAAAUGCACUCUCCAAAUUUAGAUAGAAGAAUGACUGUGAAUGUAAACUAAAGUGGCAUCAAGAAUUAGCUUGCAAAUACUCCAAUGGAUACAAUCAACUCGAUGCAUAAUGAAAAAAGAACUUAGUCGUUAAAUGCAAACCAAGGUUAAACACCUUUAAAUAAUAGCAGUAGAUCCAGUAAUGGGAGUUUUGUUGGUAAGAAUAAGGUGUAUGUUCCAUUCUUGAAAUUUCCAGAAGAUAUUCAUGAAGAUCCCUCAGGGAAGAUCAAAAUUUACUAGAAACCUGAUGAGAAUAGAUUCAGAUUAAUGAAAUCUAAAGAUCAAAAUGCAACUCCUGAGAUAUAAAGGCCACAAGCAUAGAAUUCAAUUACUCUAAUUGAAUAAACGAUUCCUUCAUAGUCUAGUCUCACAAUGAGUAAUUAGAAAUAAAAAGGUGGAUUUGGGAAAAAGGGAAAACUCUUAAACAUAAAUAGCUAAAAUAGCUGCAAUGAAGGUAGUCAAGCUAGCAGUGGUGGUAAUGGUGAUUAAAAAAUCAUGAAAUUUAACUUUAACAUAGAAGACUAAAAACAACUCAGACCUGACAUACCUAGACCUGAGAAAAGAGAAGAUAAAUUAUUAGAAUCAUCAGUACAGAAUUUCUAAUUCAGUUCUAUAAAUACUCAAGAUUUUUAAGUCCCAACUGUGAUUAUUAAGAAGCCAACUAUCCCAAGUUUGGUGAUUCCAUAAAAAUAAAAUGAAUCAGAAACUAGUAAGCUCUAGUAAUAGAUUGAAUUCUAAUAAGAGCUCAAUAAGAAUUAAAUCGGAGGAGACCUCACUAACCUUGAAAAAUCUUUAAAUCAACAAAAUAAUCCAAAGUUUUAAUUGUUACUAGAUAAAACUCCAAGCGAAUAAUAAAAAUCACCUCAAAAGCAAUUCAAUAAUGUAAAAGCUACUAUGACCUAAACUUUGUUCAAGGAGGAAAAAGAAAUUGUAAAUACUGAGGCCAAUUUCUAUCUAAAAGAAAGAAAUGCUAGACCAAUUUAUUAAGAUGAAGACCUACAUGUGCUAAUGUUAAGUUUGAUGACUUGCUUAUUGCUAAAACCAGAAAGAGGUAUACUAGAUGAUCUAUAUUGUAGCUAGUAUCCAAUAGAUAAUGGAAAGUAAAAUAUAUUGUUCCUUUUGCACCAUCAUAUGAAUAAUCCAUAAAAUUAACAAAUUAUUCCUAAAAUCUUGAACAAGGUAUAUGAAAUUAAUCCCCCUUUAGCUGGGUAGAGACUGCUUAAAUUACUUUGUACUUCACUAUUUGAUAUUGGACAUUAUAACUAUGGAAAAAAUUGGAAGAAAAUAGGAGAUGGGGCUUAUGCAAAAGUAUAUGAAGCAGAGACCAAUCUCUCAGAGCCAUAAAGUGUUGCCAUAAAGCAAUGCUUACUGCCAAGCACUAUAUAUGACAGAUGUGUAUUGCAUGAUAUAUUCACUGAAAUAACAUGUCUUGAAGAACUAAGACUUGAGCCUUGUGUGACUGACUUAUAUGACUAUGGACUAGACAACUAAUGCUAUUAUAUUGUUCAGAAAAAAUAUACUUGCUCAUUAAGAGAAUGGAGAAUGCAGCAAAGUAAGAGUUUGAGUGAGAAUCUUUCAGUUUAUCUCUCUAUUUACAAGGAAUUUUUGAAAAGUCUUUAGAUUAUUCAUUCUCAUAACGUUACUCAUUAUGAUAUAAAAUGUGAUAAUGUCUUGAUAGAUUUUAGCAGUUAAAACUCAAAUCAUUUAUCAAAGUCUGUUUCAAUGCUUGAAGACGAUAGACUUAAAUUAGCAAUCGCUGAUUUUGGAGAAUGUAAGAUAUUUUCAGAUGAUAAGGAUGAACUCUGCCAAAGAAAUAGAGGAACUGAUUAUUACAAAUCACCAGAAAUGCUUUAACUAACACUUAACACUAGAAAAGAUACAGAUAAGUAUGACAGAAGAAAAUAAGUAGGUACAAAUAGAAUUUCAGAUAUAUGGUCGGCUGGAUGUAUGUUUUUCGAACUUCUAACUGGAGAAAUACUUUUCUACAAUCAGGACUAUUUCGCAUUCUUGAAUAGAGUGACAAGAGCUUAAGAAGCUUUAUUUACUUCUGAUAAACUGGAAUUGAUAAAUAACAAUGUCUAUUUGAUAGAUUUUUUGAAGUAUAUGCUUGUAAGAGAUUCAAGACUUAGACCAAGUAUAGAUAAUGUAGUUAAGAGAUUUGAGCAUGUUCAUGCUCUUCUUGUCUCUACUACUGCUUAAGCCACAACUCUGAACAGAUUCACUUUGGGUUUACAGCCUUAAAAUUCUCAUAAUGCUGGGAGAGGUUAGAAUACUUUAGAUCAUCUUCUAGACCAGGCUUAACUAAUAUUAAUAUAGAACAGUCAAGUCUAUGGUGGAGAGAUUAAAGAAGAAAAUAUUUAACAAAACUAAUAGAAUAAUGAUUAAGAAAACCAGAAUUAAAAUGUAUCUCUUAUUGAUGAGGUAUAAAAUAAAAAGCCAUCCAAAAAGGGUUCAAGCAUUGACAUAAUGCAAAUUCUGGAGGAUAUUUACUUAAUCUCUAAUAAAUGGAUAAAAAAUAAUUAGUUAAAAGCCAUAAGAAUGGGUGUUACUCAUCUAGUUAUAGAGCAGAAAUAUUCAUCAUAAAGUUUAAGAGACAAAUUUGAAACAUUAGAGGUACCUGAAUUUUGUGAAGAUUAUCUAUUACUAAAUAAUCAUGAUAGUAGUAACAAUGAGAUCAACCCAUUCACCUUAAUGACAGGGCUCGGGGUGCUUGACUUUUUAAGAAAAGUUGCUCUAUAAAGAGGUAAAGUAGCAUUUAUUGAAAAUUCAAAUUUAAAUGGGGAAACUUUAAUGAGAAACGGUAUAAGACAAAGAUUAAUUAGGGAAUGUCUCCUUAUAUGUUUAAACCAUAUUUUCUAAACUAAUGCAUAUGAAACUUACAAUCUAAUAAGAUCUCAAAAUCUUUUCUUUAAAAUUUAAUCACAAAGACUGGGAACAUUGUCGAAAUGGUCAUAAAUUACUAGCAAAAUUAAUUAAUAUCUAAUGACUUUUCCGAGAUUCUAAUGCAUUUGCGGCUCUUGUCUAAUCAUUUUGAAAAGAUAGUUUGCUAACUAUUAAAGCAUGUAGACAUCAAGCUGCAACUGCUGUCAAUACUACAAAAGUGUUGAAAAUUCACAGUGCCCAUCACCAGGCUGUAAUGAAUUCAUCUAGUACUUAAGAACAUUUUUUAAGAGUAUUUAUGGAGUUGGAACUGGAUCAUAGGCGAUAGACUCUCUUCAUUGGGGAUUCCUUGAGGAGGAGGAUUUCAUACUUGGCCCUAACUAUCUAGGAUAGUAGCAGCAUAAUACUAUUUAAAAAAGAAUGAUCAUUAGCAACAUGAGCAAGACGAUUGAUAAGAAUUCUUCUAUUGUUAGCAUUGUCGAGAAGAAAAAUUCAGGUAAUGUAGUUAGAGGAGGUGCUAUUAAAGAACCAAUUGAUUUCAACAUGAUCUCCAAGUCAUCAGCAACUGUGAAAAAUUACAAUGCCUAUUCAAGAUGGAAACUUUAUAAAUGCAAGGAAUGUCAUGUUUGGACUCAUGCUGUCAAUGAACUGGAAAAUAGAUAUGCCAUCUUAUUGAACAACAGAAUAAAAGAUAACUUCUAAGGCAUAAAUCUAUCAGGAGGCCAAUAAAAAUCUAGCUAAAUUAACAUUUCUUCUCUCAACAACAAAUAAUCUAAUAGUACAGGAGUAAGAGUACCUAUUCUUAAGAGAAUCAAACUUAGCUUACCUUUUUGA